AGAGAAGCCUUUCUCCAAACGAAGAAUAUGAAUCCUAUGGGAGUCAUCUCUGAGGGAGAUCAAUGGGGCUCUUUUAGUGGCACGUAUGCUGCUGAUGAGUCUGAUUUCAUGGCUUUGCUGCUUAAUAACGCUUCGCUACCGAGUGAUCAGCUAACUGGGGAUGAUCAUUCAAGCAGCUUGGAAGUCCCUUCUAGUUUUUGGCUUGGCCAUGAUCAUGAUUCAUAUCAUUCUUCGGAUGUGGCUAAUACUAAUUUUUACGGGUUUUCACAUGGUGGUAGUUCAAGCCAACAAAGCUACUACUUGAGUGAUUCCCAUCCAAUUUUUGUACCCGAUAUUAACAUGGAUUUAUGCACCAACUCCUUUCUCAUCGAAGGGGAUGACUUCUUGAGCCAAGAAAAGAGUGAUGGCAAUGGAGAAGAGUCUUCUGGAAAUGUGCCUUCAGCUGCUGAUAAUCUUCCUAAGAAGGAUUCACAGCCCAAAAGGAAAUCUGACAUGCCCGUGCCGGAAUCAAUCCCAGAAGAAAAGCGUGACAACCCACCUGAGAAUUCUAAGAAAAGAUCACGGAGUUCUUCUGGAGAUGUUCGGAAGAACAAGAGGAAUGUACAAUCGAAAAAGAAUCAGAAAACAAGCAACAACGAAGAAGAAAGUAUUAAUGCUGGCCUUAAUGGGCAGGGCUGGAGCAGCUGCUCCUCAGAGGAUGACUGCAAUACUUCACGUUCGAGCGCGAAAGGGCCUACUUCUCAUGACGUGAAUGGGAAAAAAAGAGCCAGUAGGGGGUCUGCCACCGAUCCCCAGAGCCUCUACGCAAGGAAAAGAAGAGAGAGAAUAAAUGAGAGGCUGAGAAUCCUACAGAACCUUAUCCCUAAUGGAACAAAGGUUGAUAUUAGCACAAUGCUUGAGGAAGCCGUCCAAUAUGUGAAGUUUUUACAGCUCCAAAUUAAGCUAUUGAGCUCUGAUGAUCUAUGGAUGUAUUCUCCCAUCGCUUACAAUGGAAUGGACAUUGGACUAAUCGAUCUGAAAUCAACCCACCCAGACAAUUCACAGGAUAAAAGAAUCGUGUGAUGACCAUGAUUGCUAUUCCUCAUCAUGGGCUUAUUUGUAUAUGAAUCUCUGAAGUCCAUUUUGAGAAGAAAUUUAAUUAAAGAUUUAAUUCAAUUACCAUUUUCUGUCUCGUUGGGUUCUUAUAAUGCAACAGACAUGAUAUGAGCAGAUAUAUAUUUUUUUUUUAAAAUGAGAAUAAUUGUAACCUCUUACAAGAAAGCUAUUAUUAUCUACUGAUCGAUUAAAGUGGUGGCACCAUUAUUAAUUCAACACAAUCUAAACUGUA